AUGGCUGGACCUGAAGAGAGGGGUGGCAGAGGUGCUGGAGGCAAUGGAGAAGCCCAAGCACAAGGCCAAGCCCGUGAUUCAGCCGUGGCGCCCGUGCAACCUACUCUUGGACCUUCUAGGGAUGAACCAAGAGUGUUCAAGCUUGACAAUUUCAAUGGUGACAACUUUGCUGAAUGGUCCUUCAGAAUGGAGAAUGUGUUUGACCACUAUGAUCUGCUGGAGGUGAUGGAAGGAAUGGAGAAGCGUCCCGAGAACGACCCGGAGAAGAGCUCGUGGGUGCGGAAGAGCGCACAAGGCUAUCUCCUACUUGGGCAAGCGUUGGGGAGCAACCAGAUCCGUCACAUCAAGCCAUUCCAGCGUGAACCAGAGAAGGGACCAAAGGCAUGGGCUGCACUCAAGGGUGUAUACGCUCCUGCAACAGCGGUGAAAUUCUUCGACUUGUUGACGCGGCUUGAGGGAGCGGAUCUCAACUACAGUGAGCUCCAAAAGAAGACCAAGUUGCUGGCCUUACUCCCAGAGUCGUGGUCCUCGCUCAUCAUUAACCUCAACCGUGAUCUGCCCCGUCUCUCGCUUGAAGACGUGAAGCGCGCGAUCCUACAAGAGGACUUCCGCCGCCGUGAGUUGGCGAGUGCGGAUGGCGCUGGGGCAGCAAGUGUCGGCCGUGGAUAUGGCCGAGGAAGAGGCAGAGGACGAGGGGGAGGAAGAUUUGGUGGCAGCAACUUCGGCGGAGGCCGCGGAAGUGGCGGAUACGGCAGCGACGACAAGAGCUACGGGCGCGGUCGCGGACGAUUCGACGGCGAAUGUCAUUAUUGCCACAAGACCGGACACAUGUGGCGCGAUUGCUACAAGCUCCCUGAAGGAUGGACCCCUGCUCAAGGCCAAGAGGGUAGAGGAGCAGGAGGAGGGAGAGGAGGCCGUGGUGGUCGCGGAGGUGGAGCCGCGAACAUGAAGAACGAAGAUAACGACAAGGACUCGAAGGACGAUCGGUACCCGGGUCUAUUCUACUUCGUCUCAACGCAAGUACCAGCUGGUCCAGAGAAGGAUGAAGACCUUGAGGAGCCAGCAGCUGUGGGGAAGGUGACCCUACACCCCCUGGACUUUUGGGUGAUCGAUAGUGGCGCUACCUAUAGCAUGACACCUCGCCCCGACUUGCUCACCGAACUCGAGCCGUCACCGGUGAAGCACGUCACAUCGGCUUUGGGGCAGCGAGCGGAGGUGAAAGGCAUGGGCAAGGCCAUGUUCAAGGGUGCUGAUGGAAAGAUGGUGGGCCUCAAGAACGUGCUUUGGGUGCCCAGCCUUGCUGCAAACCUGAUUUCCGUGCGGCGGUUGGCAAAGGCCGGCAUGGACACGAACUCGAAGGGAGCCAAGACCUACACCGCAAGGAUUGGCGACCGGAUUCUUUGGGACCUUCAUGAGGAUAGGGACGUCUACAAUGAGAUGUGGCAGAUCCCUGUGGUCCCCAUGCCUAAGGAGAGGCAAGUGGCAGCAAGCGUCAGCACCAAGGGUGACGCGGUUGGUAGCGGCGAUAGCGCAGACGGUCGCGCUAAGGAGGAGUCCAAGAAGAGCAAACCUGGAGUGACCAGCAAGCUCGGUGACCCUAAGGAGAGUGGUGCAGCAGCCAAGGAGCAGCACAAGGGUGAGGAGAACCCCGAGGCAGCAGCGGAGAAGGACAACGGAGAGAGCAUGUGGGGCGCUAUUGCGAGUGCGGCAUUCUCCAAUCCGACUUCGGCUACGAGGGAGUUUGAUUGGUUGACAUUGCAUCGGCGAAUGGGGCAUGUGGCCCUACCCAUCUUGCAGCAGCUAGUGAAGAACCAGAUGGUUGCUGGCAUACGUGUGAAGGGGGAGCCCGAUGAGGUGCUUGGCUGCCCGACGUGCAUGGAAGCCAAGUUCAGGCGGCUUCCGUUCUCGAGCUCGGAGACGACGGCUAAGGCACCACUUGACGAGGUGGUGAUGGACGUGGUGGGCCCCCUGAAGCUUGGAGCUGCUGGAGCUGAAUAUUUCCUCACCAUAGUGGACGUUUACACCCGCAUGACUUGGGUGUACGUGCUGGCCAAGAAGAGCGACGUGGCUGAAACGUUGAAGACGGAUUGGUUCCCGAUGGUGGAGCGGCCACAAGACCGUCUAGUCAAGUCGAUCCGCACCGAUCGAGGGGGAGAGUUCCUGAGCAAGGAGUUUGGGUUGUGGCUGAAGAAGAAUGGUAUUCGGCACUCCCUCACCAUGCCAUACUCCCCUGCAAUGAACGGCAUCGCCGAGCGAGCGAACCAGACAAUCACGGAGGCGGCACGCGGGUUGCUCAUUGAAGUCGGGCUACCCGACUAUUUCUGGCCUGAUGCGGUGCGGAGUGCGUGUGUGGCCAAGAAGAGACUUUUGACUCAUGUGGGAGCAGACAAGUGGGUGCCCUAUGUGAAGUGGCUUGGAAGGAAGCCAAAGGUGGAUAUGCUUCAGGUGUUCGGGUGCAUGUGUAUGGCACUCGUGCCUAAGCAUCUACGGCACAACAAGCUUGGUGCCAAGGCGGUGUGGGCCGUGCACUUGGGCAUGGCUCAAAACAGCAAAGGGUGGCUUCUUUGGGACCCAUUCACCAAGAAAACCUUGGUGAGCAGGGACUGCAAGUUCAUGGAAAACUUCAUGUACAAGGAUUGGAAGGCGGAGAAUGAGGCGAAGAUAGGCGUGCGGUUUGGAGAGGUGAAGAGUUCCGGGUUGGAGCACGUGGAGCUGCCUUUGGAGCUGAGCAGCGGCAGCACCACCACAAGGCAAUCUUCCCUUGUGAAUGGGGGAGAGGAGGCCAAGGAUGCAGAGGAAGAAGAGGAGGAGGUGCAGCAAGUGAGCGAGCGUGCACCGACACUUCCUACCCGCACUACGAGUGCUCCACGGAACCAAGCGACACCGCAGCAACGCCAAGGCCUUCAAGUCCCUGCAGCUGAGGAGGAAGGAAGGAUGCCGGGAGAACCAGCAACUCUCAAGGAGGCCUUGGAGAGUGAUGAUGCUGAGGAGUGGAAGAAGGCAAUGGAGAGUGAGCUGAAGAGCAUCGAGGAGAACGACACGUUCGAAUUGGUGGAGCUACCGGAGGGGCGUACGGCGAUAACGUCCAAGUGGCUCUUCAAAAUCAAGUCGGAUGCCGACGGCAAGAUCGAGCGUUACAAGUCUAGGCUGGUGGCCAAGGGGUACCAGCAGAAGGACAAGGUGGACUUCAAUGAGCUGUUUGCUCCUGUGGUGAAGCCGACGACGCUGCGAACCCUACUCGCGGGAGCCGCGAUCAAAGGUUGGGUGGUGAAGCAGCUAGACAUCGUUACGGCGUUCCUCAACGGAAUCCUUGUGGAGGAGAUUUUCAUGGCGCAUUCGAAGGGGUUUGAUGAUGGUAGUGGCAGAGUGUGGAAGCUGAAGAAGGACCUCUAUGGGCUGAAGCGGGCCCCUAGGCAAUGGAGCUUCAUGGUGGUGUACGUGGAUGACAUCCUGAUCUUCUCACCCUCCUCUGACCUUGUGAAGGAGGUGAUGCUGAAGAUUCAAGACAAGUUCAAGUGCGAGUCCCUUGGUGACGUGAAUUUCUACCUCGGGCUUCACAUCGAGCGCGACGUGGAGAAGCGGUGCAUGCGGGUGCACCAACGCAAGUACCUGGAGGCCUUGGCUGCCAAGUUUGGGCAGAAUGAAGGCCAUGUGGCUACACCCUUUCCCUCUGGGUUCAAGUGUGUGAAGGGACCAGAGGAGGAGAGCGUGGGUGAAGAGGAGAGGCGCCGUUUUCACUCAUUGGUGGGCAGCCUCAUGUACGCGGCAGUCAACACACGACCGAAUGUCACGUUUGCUACCGGGCAGCUGGCAAGGGUUGUGCAAUGCCCUAAUGAGGAGCAGGUAGCAGCUGGAAUGAGGGUGGCCAAGUAUCUUGGCCAAACACCGACCGUUGGGCUGCAAUACUCGGCGGCGGCACAAAGGCGCCAAAAGGGCGCGGAUGGUGUGGAACCCGGGCGUUUGUUCCUCACCGCAUUCUCGGAUGCCUCCUAUGCUUCUGAACCAGAGGACAUGACAAGUGUUGGAGGGUUCAUUUGCUGUGUUGGUAGAGGUCCAACUUUUUGGGAGAGCAAGAAGCAGGUUGACCAAGCUUUGAGCUCGGUGGAGUCCGAGUACAUGGCACUCUUCCGUGCCGUACGGGAGAUUGUGUGGCAGCGGCGUUUGUUGGCUGAAUUGGGGGAGGAGCAGCAAGGACCUACCCCUCUCUACUGUGACAGCCAGGGAGCCAUUGCUCUAGCCAAGAACCCCGUGUUGCAUGGCCUGACAAAGCACAUGAGGGUGAAAUGGCAUUGGACGAGGAGCAUGGUGGCCGCGGGUGAAGUUGAACUGCGUUAUGUGAAGACGACGGGGCAGCCAGCUGACAUGAUGACCAAGAGGCUGGUGGAGCAGCAGCAUUGGAAGUGUUGCAAGCUGGCUGGGAUGGCUCUGAACUGA